GAACCAGACCAAAUUUCGUCCUGAAAUCCUUAAAACGAUCCGGAUGAAUUCUGAGAUCCUAUAAAAUCUCGUCCCGGAAUCCUUAAAAUGACAUAAAUUCUGAGAUGUUCUAAUCUCAUCCCGUAAUCCUUCGGGGAAACCGGACAGCCCUUUUUUUUAUUUUUCCCCCUUUUUUCGAUUACAUUGGACCAAAGAAAGAAAUCAUUGGCCCAAAUGAGGAAUAUAGUCCACUUCCAUGGCGACUGAGCGCUUCUCUCUCUCACUCUCUCUCUCUCUGCCCCAAAUUUGAAAUUCCCACUUCGUAGAUCCUGAGGAUCUUUCCCGCUAAGACGGGCAAUCAAUGGACUUGGCCACGGCGGCCGAGUCGGACGACGAGUGGGAGCUCUGCAACGACGAUGGCUUCAUCUACAAGCGCAAGAAGCGGCGGGUCGACUCCUCCUCCGCCGCCCCUCCGCAGGCCGACACUGAGGCUGCAGAGGAGAAGUUCCAGGGAGACCGUAGGAAAAAGACCCUCCUGAGGAUUAGGGAUCGGUACCGGAGGGAGCUGGCUCUCUGGGAACAUCUGUCGAGCACGUGUCACGCAAUGCAGGACAGGGCGCAGCAGCUUCAGCGAGAGAGAGAACGAGACGUUGAAGAAGCGAGGGACAGGACGAGAACGAGUUCUUCCGGCGGGCCACUUGCCGAGGAAGCUCCCGGGGAGGAGAGCAGUCUCGAGGCUCUACUCGAUAAGCUGCUGUUGAAGGCAGAAGCUCAAGAAGUGAUUAUUCAGGAUGUCUCGAACCUGUGUGAUGUGGCUGAGUCAUUGUGCAAAUCCCGUGAAGAGGAAUUCAAACAAUCUUUAAUUGAUCUUCCGAUUUGGGCUUCAGCGCCGGAUCUCAUGGCAGCACUCUCUGAUGACUGAGUUUCUUCGAUUCAGUAAAUGGCUUAGUGACCUUAGAUUAAAAGCUAGAGCUAGAGCCAGAGCUAGAGCUGGGUCUUCUAACCGCAAUAGGAUACUGAUCCUGUAUUUGUGAAAUUGUUUUCUGUUGCUUUUAGAGCCUAGUCUUGUGUAAAAUUCUUCCUGUGAAAGUGAUUGAGAGGUGAGUGUGUCCUUUGCUGUCUUUUCGGUAUCGUGUCUGAUGUUGUGAUCUACUUUUGGUCAUGUAAAUUACCAGUAGACGGCAGGAUAGCGUGUUCCCAAUUAGCAUGAAUGAGGAAGAUUUCAUUCAAAUCAUCUAUACUGUGACUCACGCCCCUUGGCCACUAUCCAAUUUAUGUAUAUAUAAUUCGUGGUAUUCUCUA